UUCUUCUCUUUUACUUUAUAAUUUUGUAAUAUUUUUUUCCUCUUAAUGUUCAUACAAAGCUUUCUCCAUGAAGUUCCAAUCCUCUGAACUUCCAAUAGGGAAACCACAAACACGAAGAAAAACCGCACCAAAACUUGCUCCUCUUAUUGUCAUUACCAUAUUAUUCACAAUUAUUCCUAUUUAUUAUCCUUCUAUACGUUAUUCUUCUCAAAAGAAAAUUUCAGAAGUUAUUUCUUCUAAUUCAGAAGAUACAAUUCAGGUUGUUGAUCAUUUGGAUAAUGAUUUGCAAGUCAAUCAUCCAUGUCCUGUGGAGGACGUGCCCACGAAACCUUGUAACGUGCCCAUAAAGGAAGAACAACAACAACAUGAACCAGAACAAGAACAAGAAAAACCUGAAAAAGAUGAUAAAAGUACGAAAUUUGUGACCAAAAGUGACAUAACAGAUAAGAAAGUGCAACCCGAACCUAGAAAAAAACUCGAUAGACAUAAUCAACCUGCUAGAAAAAAGUCCGGACAUCAUCAACGUGACUUCACGGUACCUAAAGUCGUCCCAGAAAAAACAGAUCAAAAGAAACAACUUAGCAAUGACGAUGUUAGAAUUUUGUCAUCUGAAGUAUCACGUAGUAGUGAAUCUUGCGACUUAUUUUCAGGAGAAUGGGUGAAAAAUCCAGAAGGACCUUAUUAUACAAAUGAUACAUGUUAUGCUAUUCAACAACAUCAAAAUUGCUUGAAAUUUGAAAGGCCUGAUUCUGACUUCUUGAAAUGGAGGUGGAAACCUGAUGCUUGUGAGUUGCCCAUAUUUGAUCCUACUCAAUUCUUGGAAUUUGUUAGAGGUAAAUCUCUUGCAUUUGUUGGAGACUCUGUUGCAAGAAAUCAUAUGCAAUCAUUGAUAUGUCUCUUGUCCAAGGUUGUAUAUCCAGAGGAUGUUUCAGAAACACAAGACGAAAACAGACGUUGGAUCUACAAAGACUACGACUUCAACAUUUCCAUGUUUUGGGCACCCUAUUUGGUAAAAACUGAAAAAACCGACCCAAAUGAUGUCACACAACCCUUCAACUUGUAUCUUGAUGAAUUCGACGAAUUCUGGACGAAUCAAAUCCAAGGUUUCGAUUAUGUUAUUAUUUCUGCUGGCCAUUGGUUUUUCCGUCCAACAAUGUUUUACUUAAAUCGUCGCCUUGUCGGUUGCCUCUACUGUCCGCAAUCGAACGUUAACCAUGUAACAUCGUAUUUCAGCUACAGACGGGCUUUUCGUACUGCAUUUCGGGCUAUUAAUAGCCUCGAAAACUAUAAAGGUGUAACGUUUUUGAGGACUUUUGCCCCGUCGCAUUUUGAGAACGGGCCUUGGGAUAAAGGUGGAGAUUGUGCAAGGACUAAACCGUUUAAGAGGAAUGAGAAGAAACUUGAAGGUUAUAAUUUGGAGUUUUAUAAGAUUCAAUUGGAUGAAUUAAAGAUUGCACAAAGAGCAGGGAGAAGAAGAGGGUUGAAAUUUAGGUUGUUUGAUGCAACACAACCUAUGUUGUUGAGACCAGAUGGUCAUCCUAGUAAAUAUGGUCGAUAUACUAAUCCAAACGCUACGGUACCUAAUGAUUGUGUUCAUUGGUGUUUGCCUGGACCAAUUGAUGCUUGGAAUGAUUUCUUAGUAGAGUUGUUGAAAAGAGAAGUGGGAGAUUAAUUAUUAUAUCUCAUCUCUUAGGAUUUUCUGGAAAAAAAGUUUCUUUGUCUUGUGAUAUGUUACUUAUUAGGGUAAUUCUUUUUGGUUAGAAGGGGGGAAUUGUUCCACAAAAAAAGAGAAAAGAUAAUGCAAAUACCACUUUUGUAAAUUUUAUCUUUUGGAAUUAUUCCAUUUUACUCAAGAAAUGUAUCU